AUCCUGACGACGGAGCUCAUCGAAGGCGUAGCAGUCGACAAGUGCGUCGACAUGGACCAGCACACCCGCGACCGCAUCUGUGCUGCGCUGCUCGAGCUCACGAUUCGCGAGCUUUUCCAGUUCGGUUUCAUGCAGACCGAUCCAAACUGGGCGAACUUUUUCUACAACGAGAGAACGCAGCAGAUUGCUCUUGUUGAUUUCGGCGCGUGUCGAGAGUAUAACAAGGACUUCGUUGACCUCUACAUUGAAAUCAUCCACGGAGCCGCCACAGGAGAUCGAGCGAAGGUCCUGAAAUAUUCCCAGGACAUUGGCUUCCUCACCGGCCAUGAAGCCAAGGUGAUGAUGGAGGCGCACGUUGAUGCUGUGAUGAUCCUGGGCGAGGCGUUCCGCCACGACGCGCCGUUUGCGUUCAGCGAGCAAAACACGACGCGGCGCAUCCAGGCGCUCGUGCCUACCCUCCUGCAGCACCGCAUGUGCCCUCCUCCUGAAGAG